AUGGUGCUCCCAAGGGGGACCGCCGGCUCUCACGGGGCCAGGGGCACGCCCCUGGGUUCCAGCAUCUGCCUGGCUGACCCCGGGGUGCGGAGAGCGACCUUGCAGCCCUGCCUCCACGUCCUCCCUGCCCGCCCACCCCUGCUCCGGCACCAUCUGCUGGAGUCUGGACCCCCGCGGCCUGAAGCCAGCCCAGAACACUCUGCUUCCGAAGGCCUCUCGGGGAUGCCAGCCAGCCCCCCCACCCCGGGGUGGCUGUACACUUCCUGGCCCCUGGAGCAGGACACGCGUGGGGAGGGCCCCUCUGAACGGGGCUCCCCCAGACCCUGUGGCUGGUCUCUGGACACAGACUCGGGCGCUCGGGAAACCCGCUUCCCGGACAUGCACGGAGCUGCCCUGCCGGCCCCGCAGCCUCGCCUGGGCCCACCACCCUCUCGCUGGACGGCAGAGACCCACGGACCCCCCAAAGGCCACCCUCCACCCGCAGCUGAGGAAGGGGGACAUCCCUCCACCCCGUCCCCCCAGCAAAUGGCACCGGGACAGACGUCACUGUCUCUCCAGGCUCUGGGCAGAGCACGGUCCUGGGACUCCUUCCGCCGUGGAGACCCAGCCAUGGCCUGGUCCAGCCCCGGGCCAGGCAGCGUGGAAGCCCCCUUCUCCCACCCCCACCCCCAGGUGCAUGUGUGUGAGUGGCUCCAGGCGCCUGGUCUGCCCCAGGUGUGUCUGUGCGAAGCCGACCUGCCGGUGGCGGCUGCUGAGACCGUCGCCUGGACCAGAUGGCAGGGUCGUUCGCAGUUUUUGACUGUUAUAAACACCGGCUACAAACAGCCGCCUGCAGGGCUUGGUGUGUACGGGAGAUACCGUUUCUCCGGCGUGAGUGCCCAGGAGCACGAGCGCCGGGUGCACGAUGAACGUCUGGUGCAAGAAACUGCCUGUUUGCCGCAGCAAAGCGUUCUGUGCAGAAUCCGGCCUGAGUCCUCCGGCCCCGCUGAUGCCACCCCGGUGCCCGCCACCAUCGACUCUGGGGCCCUUGCCCAGCCCCUGGCUGCCUCCAUGUCCACUCUUGCUCUGGAGACAGUAGCCGGUGGGAGCCCAAGACAGGCACGCAGGCAGCAGUCUGCUCGAGGUCCCGCCUCUAUCUCAUGCAUGAACCCCAAAGCACAUCCAGUGGCCGACGGGGCCCUGCAGGGUCUGAAACCCCGCGGCCCCAGCCUGCCACCCUCCCCUCGCCCUCGCCCCUCGCUGGUGGCCACGUUCUGCCUCGAUCACCCAAGAACAGCCCGCCCCGGGGCUUUGCAUCUCCUACCUGGCCGCUCUCCCAUCACCAGCACCCCCACCCCCUGCCGCCGCCUGCACCUGGGGGCCUCAGGCCGCUUCUCAAAUGUCGCCCCAGUCCCUACGCCAAGCCAGUCUCCCCCGUGCCCGGCCACCCCCGAGCACAAAACCUGCCUCACCCAGAAGGGACUGGAAGGAAGGGCUGGCUGCUCGUCUCCUGUGAAACGGGGGUCACACGGGUGCGCACGUCAGAGAGCCAUUCUCGGCGUUACUGAGCCAACGCCAGCAACGCAGGCGGACCUGCACCUGCGCACGGGGUCUGCAGCCGUGACGGUCAAGGAGGAAGAAGCCAGCACCGUCCCAGCCAACGGGCACCCCCGGGCCAGGAGGCAGAGCCCGCCAGCCGGCCCCGUGAAAGCAGCGGGGACCCCAGCACCCGCCUUCCAGCCUGGCUCAGAGCUUCUCGGCAGAGCGCAGCGAGCCGGCCUCAGCGGCAGCCCCAACAGACGACCGCACACCUGCAACCAGCCCCUGGCCACGCGGGGACCAGACCUCCAGGGGACAGUCACCCCGCCGGGCGUGGACGGGUGCUCACUCAGCCUGUGCUGGCCGAGAGCCUGGCUCUCCUCCAUGGCCCCUGCGGGAGACAGCUCGUCCACAACACGCAGCCUCGUGCAGAGAGGAGGAAUCAGAGGCCCCAGCCUCUGGGUCAACGCCGCCAAGCCUCCUCUUGCUCCCGCGCACUCGACCGGCGGCUCUCGGGGACAGGCCGCUGCGGUGCCCCCUCCCUCGUCCAGAGACCAGCCGUGUGCAAAGAGCUGGGGACCCCAGGGUCUGGCUACACGGCCUGUCCUGUCGCCUGAGACCCCGGGGACGGCACAGUGCUGGGCCCCAGCCCUGCACGCUAGCAACCAGCACGAGCUUCGGGAUCCCCCAGGCCCCCACCUGACCGUCAGGAGCCACCCCCCCACCAGUGGGCCCCCACUCCAGGACCAGCUCCGCCUGCCUGUAGGGAGCACCACCACCCCAGGCCUGGCUUCCCCGCCAGUGGGUGGGCGAGGCCCAGAGUCCCCUGGGCCCGACUCUGACCCCAGUGAGCCGGCACCAGCUGGGGGCCCUAGGGUUCUGGAAGCGGCCACCGCGCGACCAGACCCCGCUCGCCAGCAGCAUCCACACGGCAAGGCCGGGUCCCCCACCUGCCCGCCAGAGCCCCCGUCAGCACCCGGGGAGAGGGGACGCCCAGGACACUCCCCCCUUGCCCAGGUCAAGAAACUGAAAAUGAAUGGCAACACGGACAGGAGGAGCCGGCGGAGGAGCACGCCCCAGAUGAGGAGCAGGACAGACCCCAGGAGCAGACCUGAGUGA